GGGCCGGCAGCGCCUGCCCGGCUCCAAGAUGGCGCGCGGUCACGUGACGGGGGUGUGGGCCGCGUCCCGGCGGAAGCGUGAGGGACCGAGCAGGGAACGGCGGCUGGCGGCGGCGGGAGCGGGGCUGGCGCCGCAGGAGCAGACGUGCCGCAGAGCGGGGGACACGGCUGUCACCACGGAGUCCGCCAGCAGCAACACCGCGGCGGCUACCGCCGCUUCGCGGGCCGCGGGCGCCGGGGACCAGGCAAGCUCGCUGCCCCCGCCCAGGAUGCAGCGCAGGAAGAGGAACGCGGGCAGCAGCUCGGACGGCACGGAGGACUCGGACUUCUCCACGGACCCCGAGCACACGGACAGCUCCGAGAGCGACGGCACCUCCCGGCGCUCCGCCCGCGUCACCCGCUCCUCCGCCCGCCUCAGCCAGAGCUCCCAGGACUCCAGCCCGGUGCGGAACCCGCCGGCGUUCGGGCCGGACGAGCCGGUGUACUCCACGCGGAGGGUGACCCGCAGCCAGCAGGCUCUCCCCUCAGCUGUGUCCCCUCUGCCCCUCCCAGACACCAAAAACGCAGCGGACCACGACGAGUCCCCGCCCCGCACCCCCACGGGGAACGCGCCGUCCUCGGAGUCCGACAUCGACAUCUCCAGCCCCAACGUGUCCCACGACGAGAGCCUGGCCAAGGACAUGUCCAUGAAGGACUCGGGCAGCGACCUCUCCCACCGGCCCAAGCGCCGCCGCUUCCACGAGAGCUACAACUUCAACAUGAAGUGUCCCACUCCUGGCUGCAACUCCCUGGGACACCUGACCGGGAAGCACGAGCGCCACUUCUCCAUCUCGGGGUGCCCUCUCUACCACAACCUCUCAGCAGAUGAGUGCAAGGUGCGAGCACAGAGCCGGGACAAGCAGAUUGAGGAGCGGAUGUUGGCCCACAGGCAGGAUGACAACAACAGGCACGCCACCAGGCACCAGGCCCCCACAGAGAGGCAGCUGCGCUACAAAGAGAAGGUGGCUGAGCUCAGGAAGAAGAGGAACUCGGGGCUCAGCAAGGAGCAGAAGGAGAAAUACAUGGAGCACAGGCAGACCUAUGGCAACACCAGGGAGCCUCUCCUGGAGAACCUGACCAGCGAGUACGACCUGGAGCUGUUCCGCAGGGCCCAGGCCCGCGCCUCCGAGGACCUGGAGAAGCUGAGGCUGCAGGGGCAGAUCACCGAGGGCAGCAACAUGAUCAAGACCAUCGCGUUCGGGCGCUACGAGCUGGACACGUGGUACCACUCGCCCUACCCCGAGGAGUACGCGCGCCUCGGGCGCCUCUACAUGUGCGAGUUCUGCCUCAAGUACAUGAAGAGCCAGACCAUCCUGCGCAGGCACAUGGCCAAGUGUGUCUGGAAGCAUCCCCCGGGGGACGAGAUCUACCGCAAGGGCUCCAUCUCUGUCUUCGAGGUGGAUGGCAAGAAGAACAAGUUUGGCCUUUUUUUGAUGGCAUUUCUCUGUUGGUGGCACCUGGGAGGACGUGGAGUUUCCUGGGGAUAUGAGGUACCCUGCCAAAGCAGGAUUGCACCUUCUCUCAGGGAUUUGUUACAGAUCCCAAACCCAGCACCCCCAAACCCUGCCAUCCCGGCUGUGCCUGCUCAGUCCCACAUUCCUGAGGGAAUUCCACCGAGCUGCUGCUGGGCCAGGGUCUGGGGCUGUGUCAGAGGCUCUGGGUGGGCUCUGAUUGCAGAGAUCAGCCAGGAGACUGCUGUGAACCCCGUGGACAUCGUGAGCACCCUGCAGGCCCUGCAGAUGCUCAAGUACUGGAAGGGCAAACACCUGGUCCUCAAGAGACAGGACCUGAUCGAUGAGUGGAUCGCCAAGGAGGCCAAGAGGUCCAACAGCAACAAGACCAUGGAUCCCAGCUGCCUGAAGUGGACCCCUCCCAAGGGCACCUAAGUGUCCCCAGCAGAGCAGGGCCGCAGGGAUGCGUGUGCUGCCGUGGUGGCUGGCUGCUGCAGUGUCCCCAGGACGGGUCACCCCCGUGUCCCUGCGUCCCCACAGUUCUGAGGAACUCGCGUGGUCCGGCCUCAGUGAGGCCGCGAGGACUGGAAGUGGCUGGGAGCCCCAGGAAGCUGAGGAGCUCUGACUGCUGGGCCUGUCCCUGUCCCUGCUGUCCUGCUCCGUCCCUCUGUCCCUCCUGCAGCUUCCCUGGCUGCCGGGCUCACCCCUGGCUCUUGGACAGUGCUGGAAAUGCUUCUGUGGGGCAGCCCUGCGGUGACUUGGGGCUGCUCCUGUCCCAUUCUGUCUGAAAUAGCUUUAGUGGGGUCCUUGCCCCUCUCCCAGCAGUUUUCCCUAGGAUCCAGCAGAUCUUCACUUAGUUCCUAUUGUACAGCCAGAAUUGCACCUCCUGCACCUGAGGGAGUCACUGGGUGUUGCUGUCACCCCCUCCUGGAGCCACCACAGCCCUGCUGGAAGCACCUCUGGAGUAGAAUUCCCAUUUUUCCUGGUGUGUAUCUUGUGGAAUUGCUGAGUUCCUGUACAUAAACCACCUGCUGAGUGUAUUCCCCUGGAAAUGUUUUUCCCAGAGCAGCCUUCCUGGAAUUGCAGGUCCCUUUUUAUUGGAGUCUUUUCCCCCUCCAGGCUGAAGGAAUCCAAACUUUGGCCUUUUCCAAAGAGCCACAGGAACUCCCAGCACCAAUUCCAGGAGCUGUUGGGCUGCUGUGCUCCAGGGAGGGAUGGAUUCCCUGGCAGAGCAAAAAAAUAGCUUUGAUUCCUCCCUCCCAUCAGCAGAAAUAUCCCAGAAUGGCCUCCCAGUAAAACCACUGUCCUCAUGCCACCCAUCCCUGUGUGGCUCCAGUGUCACUGGGAAGGGGCUGAAUUCCCUGGUCCCAGUGCUGAAUUCCCUGGUCCCAGUGCUGGUUUCAGUGAUCCCAGUGCUGAUUUCAGUGAUCCCAGUGCUGAUUUCCUCCAUCCCAGUGCUGAUUUCCUCCAUCCCAGUGCUGGUUUCCUCCAUCCCAGUGCUGGUUUCAGUGAUCCCAGUGCUGGAUUCCCUGGUCCCAGUGCUGAUUUCCUCCAUCCCAGUGCUGAUUUCCUCCAUCCCAGUGCUGGUUUCAGUGAUCCCAGUGCUGAUUUCAGUGAUCCCAGUGCUGGUUUCCUCCAUCCCAGUGAUUCCUCACAGAACAGGCUGUGAAAUGAAGCACUCCUGGGCCGGUGGGAGCCAUUCCCAUUAACCACUGCCCCAUCCUGACUGGAAAACUUCCCUCCUGCUUCCCUGCCUUUCUCCUGGACCCCGCCAGCCCCUGGCUGCUGGCUGUGGCCCUCGUGGGCAUUAGUGACUCUGCUGUCCCUGUCCCCAGCUCAGAUUCCCAGGAAUGUCCCGGGCAGGGGGGAGGCCGUGCUGCUCCUGUACCCACUCCUCAAUAAAAGCAUGUUCCUGCUC